AUGGAGAAGUUCUCAGCGUUUCGGGAUCCCGGCACUGGCAUCCAACCUUUUCUUCGACCGGUCCCACCGACAGACUCUGAGCUGCUUGCGAACAUCGCGCUACCUUUCGGAUAUGUCGCAGGAGCAAUUCGGACGGCUGUGGUCAUCGCACUUGGCAUUCUGUACGUCAUACUGGUCGCAGGCGUCUGCACCUUGCUUAAACCAGUUCCAUCUUUUCAUCGCAUCGUAUCGCAUGCGUUCACCGCUGCCAUUGCGCGCCUCGUCUUGCUCGCACUUGGUUUGCUAUGGAUCCCAGUGAAGAUAGUGACACGGAAACGAGGUAGGGGAGCAAAGGUUACUGAGAAAUGGAGCCCGGCAGCAGGUGAUAUCAUCAUCAGUAACUGGGUUUCUACUAUCGAGCUCCUAUGGUUGGCCUUCCGAGUCAACCCGAUUUUUUUGCUCCCGAUUUGUUCCUCCACCGAGUUCUCCAAAUCAACUUCACAGCCUGCAUCUCCGAUCUCACGUACACCAGGACGUAGGACGGGAACAGGAUCGGCGGCAAUAUCAUCACCUUCUGCUCGUGCGCCGAUUCAACGGGUGCCCUUUGUUGGGUUCCGCCGCGCCUCGCUUCUGUCAAUACUACGUGCGACAGGGAACGUUCCUUCGACUGCGUCGGCAACUCCGGAGUUCCAGACUUUGGAACAAAUCAGGAGUCAAGCGGACAGGCCCAUUGUCGUCUUCCCUGAAUGCACUACGAGCAACGGUAGAGGCUUGCUGAGGUUUGCAGAGCUUUUCCCCGACGCGCAGCUGCCCGUGACGGCAUUCAAAGUCUUCGUCAUGUGUGUGCGCUACGACCCUCCGACAAUCUUCUGUCCCACACUGAGCCAUCCAAUCCCAUCUGCCAAGAUGAAUCCUUUACCGCAACUAUUCUCGCUUUCGACAUCACUCGUACCGCACACUAUGUCGAUCCGCCUUCUUACACCUUCUGAAUCUCCAAGUUCACGCUCAUUUCUGGCCAGCGACUUCCUCACGGGAAACAAGGUAGAGGAUGAGCUGACGGAGGUAUGCGCAUCCCUGAUCGCACAAAUAGGUAAGAUGAAGAGAAUAGGCUUGGGCUGGGAGGAUAAAGCUGCGUUCUUGGAGUUCUACAAUCACAAGAGGAGAUGA